AUGACUGAUGACAAAUUGAAAAACAUCUGCCCUAUUGAGAUUGAGAAGAUACUCAACAGCAAUGCGAGAUCUUUAAGAGACUAUCAAUCAAUGCCAUAUCAUGAGAUGUCUGAUGUUCGCCUUUUUCAGAAUAAGCUAAUAGAGGAGGAGUUAGCAUAUGACACAAAUGAGUUUACUCAUACAAACUUAUAUACGGAACAAAAUAUGACUCAUGAGCAAAAGGAUCUUAUGUCAAUUACCGAUCAACGUAAGGCACAUCAACCAUUUGGUGGUAAGGUUGUUGUUCAAGGAGGUGAUUUUAGACAGAUACUUCCGGUGAUUCCGAAAGGGAGUAGACACGAUAUAUUGUCAUCAGCUAUUAACUCAUCACAUAUGUGGUCGUUUUGUAAGGUUCUGAAACUGCAUACGAAUAUGAGGCUUCUAAUGUCUUCUUCAGAUCAAUAUGAAGGUAAAAUGAAGAGAUUUUCUAAUUGGAUACUUGAUGUUGGAAAUGAAAAUAUUGGUUCUGUUGUUGGUGAUGAAUCAGAAAUUGAAAUUCCAGAUGAUCUAUUGAUUACAACUACUGAUGACCCUCUCUCUCAUUUGGUAGACUUUGCAUAUCCAAAUUUGUUACAAAACAUGUUAAAUUAUAGAUAUUUUCAGAGUAGGGCAAUUCUUGCACCCACGCUUGAGAGUGUCGAGAAGGUAAACAAUUUUGUCUUGACAAUCUUUCCAGGGAAAGAAAAGGAGUAUUUGAGUUCUGAUACAACAUGUCAAGCUGAUGAGAAUGAAGAUGUACAACAAGAGUGGUUCACACCAGAGUUCCUAAAUGACAUCAAAUGUUUGGGACUACCCAAUCACAAGUUGACUUUGAAGCCAGGAGUCACUGUAAUGCUACUGCGAAACAUAAACCAGACUUCAGGUUUAUGCAACGGGACAAGAUUAAUAGUUAACGAACUUGGCAGCAACAUAAUUGGAGCGAUGGUAGUAACCGGUGGAAAUAUUGGAGAUAAAGUGUACAUUUCAAGAAUGAACUUGAUCCUUUCAGAUUCAGGGUUGCCAUUUAAGUUCCAACGGAGACAAUUUCCAUUAACAGUAUGCUUUGUAAUGACCAUUAACAAGAGUCAGGGUCAAUCAUUAUCACAUGUAGGGCUUUACGUGCCAAAAUCAGUGUUUACCCAUGGACAACUUUAUGUUGAUUUGUCAAGAGUUAAGAGUCGCAGUGGCUUCAGGGUUUUAAUUCUAGACGAAGAUGGCAAUCCAAAGUUAUCAACAACAAAUGUCGUGUUCAAAGAAGUUUUUAAUAAUAUUUAG